AUGGUCGGAGUCAUGAAAACGCUCACAAAGUCUUGUCCGUCGCCGUCAACCUUUGCGUUUUGCCAUUAUCCAUCCCUGCCUGGAGUUGAGAAAGGAGCAGUGACUCUCACAUCAGGCGCGUCCGGCACGUCAGGCACCACAUGUGUCGAGGUUCCCUUUGCCGAUGACUCAAAAGAACAGAUUUGCACUGCUGAUCGACCAUGGGAUGCUGUAACCACAAAACGUUGUGAUGCCGCUCAGCCAGCCUACGGUGACACCAGUCAGUCUGACUCACGCGAGGUUAAUGUUGAUGAGCUCCAGGUGGGUGUCCUGGAGAUUCAAGAACCCCAGGAAGCAACAAACAUAGCAGCUCCUAGUCUUGCAAGAGGAGGGGCCAUUGAAUCUCAACCUGGAGCUUUUACUGCAUGUCCAGGUACCAGAGAGGUUCGUCAGGAUGCCAUUGAGUUUUCUCUCUUGGGUAGAGAUGUUUCUGUAGAUACGACUGCCACCGCUGUCGCUGCAGGCAGUGUGAACCAGGAGCAACCACGCCUUUCAGAAGCUGUUCCAGUGGAUGAUAUUGAGGCAGGCAAUUUACCCGGUGCAAUUCCUGUGGACCAUGCUGCAAUGGAAGCAAAGAAGAGCGAACGAGAUGCACAGCUAAAACGACUUGGCAUGUUUGGACUGUUGGUGAUUCUGCUUGUAGUUAUCUUUACUGCAGUGAUAUCAUCAACUGUGUCUGAAAAGAACGCUUCUGCCAAAAGCCCAAUUCAUGUGAUGGCAACAAAGGUGCCUACUGCACCUCCCAUUGCUGCCUCCUUGUCGCCAACUCCUGCACCAUCCUCUCUUAUCUCUUCUGAUAUGCUGCUCAACACCACCAUUGAUGCCAUCCAACAUCCUCUAUCACCUCAAGACAAGGCUCAUAAGUGGUUGCUGAAGCACCCUCAUGCAGACAACAUGUCAGAGUGGAGAAAGGUCCAGCUGUUUGCAUUGGCAACCUUCUUCUACAGUUUUCAUGGGGAAGACUGGGUGGAUGUUGUGAAGAGUGACUUCCUAGUUCAUAACAAAUCAGAAUGUGAUUGGUACUCUGGUGUGUACGGGAAUUUGUUGUACAAUAUGUGGGAGCAAAAGUUUGUGUUUGUUGAAAAGGAAACAAGUGAAACCACGUGCAACAAUAUGAGCAACUUCACCAAGCUCAGGUUACUUUUCCCUGAAAUUGCAAGCAAAAUGGAAAGUUCAAUGCCUCCUGAGAUUGCGCUUUUGCCAGAAAUGGAAGACAUCUACUUGAGGAUGAUUGGAUUCAAUGCCCCCCUUGAAGCAGCCAUCAUUCCUGAAAUGAAGCAGCUCACAAACCUUCGCAGGAUGAAGCUUAGCAACAACAAAAUUACAGGGACGAUUCCAGAUUCACUUUUUGACAUUUUGCCUUCCAGUACACUGGAGGAGCUUUCUUUGAUUGAGCCAGACCUCUCUGGGACAAUUCCCAGUAGAAUCCAGGAGUUUCCCAACCUUCAAACACUGGAAAUGUCUGGGAAUUUCACAGGUACCAUCCCCUCAGAGAUUGGAUUGCUGUCCUUGCUGACGAGUCUCAGUUUUUCAGGGAAUGAACUACUCCAAGACACUAUUCCAUCAGAAGUUUUCAAUCUCGCCACACUGGAGCGCUUCAGUUUAGUCAACACCAACAUUUCUGGAACUUUAGCUACUUCGGUUGGACAGUGGAAAAGACUGACUGAUUUGCAGAUUGAUGCACAACUAUCCGGAACCAUUCCUUCUUCCAUUUCUGAGCUGGAGAAUUUGCAGAUUUGUUCUUUGAAGGGCAACAACCUUGUUGGCACCCUUCCCCUGAUAAGCCAAAUGGCACCACUUGAGCGAAUGUUUGUGUCAGAAACACAAGUCACUGGUCCCAUACCUGCAUCCUGGUUGCCCCCUUCUUUGAAAUUUCUGGAACUGAAUGAUAAUCAGCUCAGUGGAAUUGUGCCAGAAAGUAUCUGGUCACACACCAAUCUCGAAACCCUCAAGAAUCUAGCCAACAAUGCUGGCCUCUCUGGACAGAUCUUUGUCCAUCCGAAUGCCUCUUUUUCAGAGCUUAGUUUCCUUGCUGUGAGCAACAAUGGCUUCUAUGGAACAAUCCCAUUUGGUCCAAUGAAGAACAGCAGUGGCCGAUUGAGGAGCAUGCUUCUAGAUGGGAACUCCUUCUCUGGAACUCUCUCGAGUGAUAUUGGUUCCUUUACAAGAAUGACAGAUAUGCGACUAUCAAGGAACCUAGAGCUAACAGGGACAAUCCCUACUGAAAUCUCUCUUUGCGCAAGCUUGAAUAGUCUUCAAAUGGACAACACUGGUAUCUCUGGCUCCAUUCCAUCUGAGCUGGGUUUGUUGACUCGGUUGCAGUAUCACUCUCUUCAUGGCACCAACCUGUCUGGCAGUGUGCCAAUGGAUGUCUGCAUGCUCAAGGAGGAGGGCAGGCUAGUUGAGAUUCAUGUCAACUGCACAGCAAUCACAUGCGCCUGCAAUUGUACCUGCUCCUAG